AUGGCGUUCGAGAAUGAUUAUGCUGCUAGGGCAGAUGGAAAUACCAAAAUUUGUGUGAAGUACACGAACAAGGCUAGCUGUGUUGAGUACUGCAUUAUCAGAUUCAAAUACUGGCUGCGGAACGACGACCAGAAGAUAGUUGCACUGGAUGUGGAGUACACCUGGCCUCGUGGUCCGACACAGAUGGCGGCCGUGGUCCAGUUAUGCGUUGGCAUCUACGUCCUCGUGUACCACAUAAGCGUUGCUGAUGAGCACUGCGGCCUGCUUGCCGCCUUCCUGCUCGACGAGGAGUACACCUUUGUUGGGGUGGACAUCAACAAUGACGAGAAAAAACUCAAGCAUGUUGGUCUGGUGGUAUAA